CUAGCAGUAGCUUUCAGCAGUCCCUGGUUUGUUUUCAAUUCUUUAGACGUUUCAACCUUCCUAUAUAUAACAACUUCCAUCAUCCUUCUUGCUCCACCAAACAAUAAGAUACACUAACCAUAAUCGAUUUUCUCAGUCAUCUAAAAAGCCACAAAAUCACUUAUUUUUCAACAAUCAUUAAAACUCAAGAUGAAUUCAACAGUAAGCAGAGCAUGGGCAGCUGCAACUAGUGUUGGAGUUGUUGAAGCUUUGAAAGAUCAAGGAAUAUGUAGAUGGAAUUAUACACUAAAAUCAGUUCAUAAUCAUUUGAAAAAUAAUGUCAGAUCAUUUUCUCAAGCAAAGAAACUUUCAUCAUCAUCAUCAUCUUCUUCUGCUAUGGUUUCUAAUUCAAGCAAACAUAAAGAGAAUGCAAAGCAAUCAGAGGAAUCUUUAAGGACAGUCAUGUACUUAAGUUGUUGGGGUCCUAAUUAACAACAAUGAAGGGUUCAGAUCAGGGUAGCUCUAAGUUAGAUUAAGGUGUAAUUAUUAAUAUUAAUUAUAUGCUUGGAGAAGUGCUAUGUUCUGUAUCUUUCUCUUAUAUUGUAUUGUGAAACAUUGAAAGAGAUUGAUGUAAAAAUUGUUUGUGCAAUAUUGAGUUGUGUUCUUACGA